ACACUGUGCAGUUACAUGUAACUGACUUACCGCCAUCCCACAUCCAGCACCAGGUCACCUGACCUGUGAUCUGCGGCAGAAAGUGCUAGACGGAUCACGUGCUCGAGGGCAGCUCUUCCACGCGCUGCCACGUGAUGCGCGUCAUGCCUCUGGCGGCUGCGGAUGUCAGUCAGUUUCCUAGUCUAACUAUCUAGCCCCAGCUGAAGAACACUCUCCCAUCCAUCUACUUACAACAGACAGGCAACCAAGUGAUACCCAGACGAAGGAUAGGAUCCGUCAGGUACAUACAGACACGAAGAUGGCUGCGAAUACAAGAUACGAGCCCGCUCCCCAGCGGGACUCCCUCGAGGGACACGGAUACGCCCCGCCAUCGUAUGAGGCAACAGCGGAUUACAGCGCUGCUCCCCGGGAUGAGGAUGAUAAUGUGCCAGACGAUUUCAAGUUCGGUGGUACCGUUGCGGAGGCGACUCUACCCAUCCGGAUGCAAUUCGUCCGCAAGGUCUACUCUAUCUUAACUGUUCAGAUCCUUCUCACCACUAUCCUGAGUUCGGUGUCUUUCUUCAGUGACCGCUACCGGAACUGGAUCCAGACGAACUCAUGGCUGAUGUUCGUGUCCCUGUUUGGAGCGAUCGGAUUCAUGCUCCUUACGUACUGGAAGCGCAAGAGUUACCCUACGAACCUCCUCUUCCUCUCAGUCUUUACAGGGCUGGAGGCCUACGCUAUCAGCGUGGUGACAUCCUUCUACGAUGCCCGAGUCGUCGUCGAGGCCCUCGUCAUCACCCUUGGCAUCUUUGUUGCUUUGACUCUUUUCGCGUGCCAGACCAAAUAUGACUUCACGAGCUGGAUCCCGUACCUUUUUGGUGCGCUAUGGAUCCUCAUCAUCUUCGGCUUCAUGGCCGCGUUCUUCCCGAUGAACAGCAAGGUCGAACUGGCGUACGGUGCUGUCGCCGCGAUUAUCUUCUCAGGAUACAUCCUGGUUGACACCCAACUUGUCAUGCGCCACUACCACGUCGAGGAGGAGAUCGCAGCCGCCAUCUCCCUCUACCUUGACGUCCUCAACCUCUUCCUCUCCAUUCUCCGUAUUCUCAACAGCCAGAACCAGAACUGAUUCCACAUCUCCAUUCAGCCGCGUUAACUGAUUCUAUCAGCAGACCCAGUUAAGCAGUUUGAUUUGUGUACGAAUUACUUAUUGUUUCUCUUUCAGUGCGUUGUUUCCUUUUUUUUCUGGGAAGCUAUGAACAAACCACCAGUUCCUUUUUCAUGGUAAUUGUAAUCGUUGACUCUGCGUCUGUACCAGGUGUUCAUUCCUGCAUACACUCUUUUAAGCCGAAUACAAGAUUAGUGUUCCACUAAACUCAUUUAACGGGUCUUAAGUGAACAGAGUUGAGUCUACUAUCAGUUGAUCAGGUGGCCAGCUGGCAUUAUAGCGAUGAAUAGGAGCUUGAAGUCAAUA